AUGAAGAAAUCAAAUAAACUUCUAAAUUACAUUUUCACAAAAAAUCUACUGGAUGUCAGUUGCAUCAAAUUAAAAGCUGUCGCAAUUGGAAAUAUAAAAUGUCUUGAGUUUGUUUUUAUGGAAAAUCAGAAUUGUCCGAAUCAAUUUUAUUAAGAAAACUGCCUUCAUUACAGACUCUUUUAAUUGCUCUUUAUUCCUCUCUUUUUAGCUGCUUCUGAGUUAAAAUUGCUUAAGAAAUAAAUUGAUCGUUUAUCAGUAGGUUUUGUAAAUAAUGAAAGAGUGAUUUUUGGUAGAGAUAGUUUUGAAGACCUAUUCAUAAGAUAUCAAAGAAUGGUAAUAAAUAAAAGUUUUUAGUCAUCUAAUUACCUAGACUCCCUAAUAAAAUGA